AUGAAUUCUAAAGCUUUUGGUCACUUUUGGACUCUCGUGAUCAUUUAUUUUACUGUUACUCUAGCAUAUUCGCCUAAACACCUCUUUUCUCGAAUCAUAUCUGGUUGUAAUGGUACCCUUCCUUGUACAGCUAGUUGUGGAAGCUGCAUUACCAAUAUUACGUCUUGUACUUUUACGGAUCUAUUUAUUUGUAAUGGAGACGUAACUUCUACUUCUUGUGGAACUCCUCCUAUCCAAUGUCACUUUAAUUGUGGAUCUACUUGCAACUAUACUUGCACUAAUUGUACUUAUGGCGGUGCAAAUGGUACAACAUGCACCCUCUUACCUGCAAGAAUAUUAAACACGUUUAUCUUAAUAGAAUUCUGA